AUGUCUGACGUAAACCGUGACAGUUCAAGAAAAAUUUGAUCAAAUCAUAAAUAUGCCCUUCAAUCCAUUAAAAUGCGUCUACGGUUCAUUCGUCUUGCACCAACGGUACGUCCUCAUAAUAAUGAUGCAAUUAGCUUUGCUGAACGCUUACCAUUUGAGGGUGGUUUUGAACAUAGCGAUCACGGAAAUGGUAGAUAGGAACGUAAGUAGCAAAGUUGACGCCUGCCCGGAGUACGUUUACGAAAAAUUGGAAAAAGUGGAAGGAGGCACUUUCCCGUGGGACAACGAGGCCGAAGCCGGGGUGCUGUACGCCUUUUUCGGCAGCUACUUCUUGAGCCACAUCCCCGGCGGUUGGAUGGCGGAUAAGUUCGGCGGCAGGCACGUCAUGGGCGUCUGCAUGAUCGUCUCCUCGAUAGUCACCCUUUUGAUGCCGUUGGGGAUACGGUACGGCGGCUCUUGGGGCGCUAUAAUAUUAAGACUAAUCUUAGGUUUUGCCCAAGGGCCUUUACUACCCACCAUAUCCACUUUCAUACAGUGCUGGAUACCCAAGCACCAGAGGGGGUUUUUGGGCGGGAUCGCUUUCGGCGGUUCCAAUAUGGGAGCCGUUACCGGAAGUGUGUUUACAGGAAUGAUGAUAUCGGCCGCCAAAAGCUGGGUGGUACCUUUUUACGUAUGGGGUUUUCUUUCGUUGAUAUUUUGCGCUUUUUACUAUUUAUUCGUAUUUUCGCAUCCCUUCACGCAUCCCUUUAUAACCGACGAAGAAAAAGAAUAUUUGGCGCAAGAAAUAAAAAAGCCGGAAAGAUUCAAAGUACCGUGGUGGCAAUUGUGUAAAUCUUUACCGGUAUGGGCCUUAUUAGCCGGCCAAUUCGCCCACAAUCUAAUCUUCUUCACCCUCUUGACCGAUCUGCCGAAAUAUCUGAAAGAGAUACUCAAGAUGAACGUCGAAACGAACGCUUUCACCACCGCGCUACCCUUUUUCGCCCUUUGGGUGGGAAAUAUCGUGUUCGCUUACGUAACCGAUUUCAUAACGAACCGCGAUUGGCUGGAACUGGCGACGGCUAGGAAGCUUUAUACGACAUUUUCGUGCGUCGUACCGAGCUCCAUAUUAAUAAUCACCGUGUAUGUCGGUUGCAAUAGAUUAUUGGCGCAAAUAUUGGUGACGGUGUCGUUUUUUUUGGUCGGACCGUUUUUCUCUGGAAUGAAAGUCAACGUUAACGAUAUCACGAUACAUUACGGGGGUACCAUAAUGGCGAUUGUGAAUGGUAUAGCUUCGUUCGCUGGGUUGAUAGCGCCUUAUAUGGUUGGUAUAUUAACUACCGACGAAUCCAUCGAAGGUUGGCGGAUUUGUAUGUGGCUUUUGUUCGGUUCGUCCACCGCUCUGGCGAUUGUUUAUAUAAUAUUCGCCAAAGCGGACAGACAGGAAUGGGAUUACGUGAACGAAUAGGUACGAGAAACAAAGAAAAAAAAAUGAAAAUGUAAAUAAAAAUGUUGACGUGCACGAAA